GCUGAUGACGGAGAGACAGCAGCCGACAUGGAGGAGGAAAGAGAGAGUCUGAGGAGACAGAUCCAGCAGCUGCAGGGUCUUAUUAGCAGACACAAACAUAUGCAUGGCAAUGCUCCAGCAACCACAGCACCAGCACAACCAAGAUGGCGGAACCCAUCACAGCCACAGUACAGGCCUCGAGGUUCUUUCCGAGGAGGGGCUGCCACGACCGCGUACCAACCGCGACAGCCUGGUCUUAGCAGCACAUGGCGAGCACAGUACUCCCUGGUAAAUAGGACUUCUCGUGGAGCAGAACACAACCUCCCCCAUCCCGUGGUGGUUCCAAGCGGCAAUCCAGCGAAUCUUCCCAAUAAGGGGAAUGCAGAGAAAGUCACAGCGGACAAUAAUACACCCAAAGCUGCAACAGUCAGCAAAGUUCCAGGGAACCUGAUUGUCCCCAACAAUAAUAAUAAUAGAACACUCGCUGUGCCUAAAGCAAAAUGUCCGCCUCCCACCAGCACCCAGAAGCCGCUGUCAGAUGAAGCCGCUCUGCCCUCUACGUCUGCAGAGUGGGGCGUCAGACUCAGGAAAAAUUCCCAGGGGUCUUCCAGGGGACCUUGUGUGACCCCUCUUCAGGUUCCUCAGAUAUCCCAGAACUUAUCCAAAGCAACCCGGGGAUCUGCAGGAACGCUGCCGCCUUCCAAUAACCUCCCCGUUCCGUUCCCCAAGUCUGCCAUUGGCUCUCCUCCCUCAAAUGUCGGUGCCGCCAAAAACAGACUCGUCAGCCCCGCCUCUUCCCUGAACCCACCUAAAAACACUCUGCCUGCCGUCACCACAUCCAGGGUGCUCAGGUCUUCCAAGACUAAAUACACCUGGGUGGCCGCUUCUCCUAAAACAAAUUCGGUUGUGAAGAAAGUCAGCCCAAGCGCAAAGAAAGUCAGCGCAGCUACGGAGAAAGUCAAAACUCCAACCGGUGGGAACAUAGCCAAAGCAAAGAAGAACAGCCCACACCAAAAAUGUGCGCCCAAAAACCGCUACAAGUGGAAAGCUCAGCCCGCGGCCGGCACCGUGUCCGUGCCGGUCUCUUCCAGCCAAGCUGCCGUUAACAGAACCGCUCCGGGGCCGCAGACUCCUGAAAUGAAGUCGUCACAUUCCGCAGGGAGCGGCGGUGCUGCCUCUUUCAGGGACUCUGGGAAUUCCAGCUACAAAGUGAAGAGCCGAACCAAGCUAGUGAGGAGACGGAGCACAUCGAGGUCUCCUGUAGAGAAGAAGGCCCCCCCUCUACCUCCUCUGACUGUGAAGAGUCGCUACGUCCUGCGCAGGAAGAGCUUGCCCCGGGUAAAGUCCCCGGUGACUGUGAAAAAAAGUUCCCCGCGUGGGCUGGUACAUCUCUCCAAACACCGCCUGAGAAGACUUCCCCCCACCAGGCCACAUCACCCUGCACAAGCAGGCACCCCGUUGUCCUCUGUGAAGACCCCCUCUUCUAGUCGGAUGAUAAAGACACGUUACAGGAUUGUGAAGAAAAUCAGCAGCCCUCCUCUCAUCUCCUCCCCAUGGUCUACACUAAACACGUCUCAUUACUGGAGGAGCCGGCUGCUCCUGGCAAACCGGAUGCGUCAGCUGUGCCAGGCCCGGAGAACCCAACCCCACCAGAGAUGGAGGAAGAGUCUCCGCUGCAUCGAAGGCUCCAUCUACCAAGUCUCCGCCAACAAGCUCUCCAAGACGUGGAGCCCCGGCGCUGCCAGCAAGUCGACGCCGAAAACCGGGAAAGCAGAUGUGAGCAGCGUCAGCCCCAGCACCCUGUACUCCAGUCGGACAGCCACCCCCACGCGGUAUUUUGCAAGCCGAGCCGUCCAGCGCAGCCUGGCCAUCAUACGGCAAGCGCAGCAGAAGAAGGCGAAGAAGGAGUACUGCAUGUAUUAUAACCGAUUUGGGAGAUGCAAACGCGGUGACAGCUGUCCCUUCAUACAUGACCCCGAGAAAGUGGCUGUGUGCACCAUGUUUCUACGAGGCACCUGCAAACUCACCGACGGGACCUGCCAAUUCUCUCAUAAAAUAUCAAAAGACAAGAUGCCAGUGUGUUCGUACUUCUUGAAGGGGAUCUGUCGCAGAACGGACUGUCCUUACAGCCACGUCUAUGUCUCCAGGAAGGCUGAGGUGUGCCAGGACUUCCUCAAGGGUUACUGCCCCAUGGGAGCCAAGUGUAAGAAGAAGCACACGUUGCUGUGCCCGCACUACUCCCGGAGCGGCACCUGUCCGGAUGGCACCAAGUGCAAAUUGCAGCACCGCCAAAAGAAGAGGCGAACUGACAUCCCAACGCCGGAUCCUGAAUUCCCGCCCCCAAGCUGCAAGCAGAAGAGGAAAGCAAAGGAGGAUUCUGGGUAA